UACCACAGCAGGACAGACGGCGCUGUUUUGCCUGAGCGAGAGGCAGCCCUCUACUGCUGUGCUUCGGCACAGUUCAUCUCGAGUGAUGAGGUUGCUUUCGGAAACCCUGUCAUAAGAUAAACUGCAACAUUUGGCGCCCGAACAGGGACCUGAAGGGAAUAACGGGGCAGACAAGACACAGACGGUUCACCAUCACAAAGCUUACAGUCUACGAGGAGACAGUAAAAAAAUCAGACGAACAACUUCCUAUUGUGGAAUUCAAACUACAAUGGCAGCCCUUUACCCCAGCAACUCCAGGACCAGCCAUGGGCUUGGAAACCAAGACCCCAGAGAUUCACAACUGAGACUCGUCUUAGUGGGUAAGACUGGGGCAGGAAAAAGUGCAACAGGAAACAGCAUCCUCGGAAAGAAAGUGUUUCCUUCGGGCUUUUCUGCAGUAUCCAUCACCAGGUCCUGUAAGAAAGGAGACAGCACCUGGAACGGGAGGGAAGUCGUCGUUGUGGAUACGCCAGGCAUCUUUGACACAGAGGUACAGGAUGCUGACACUUGCAAGGAGAUUGCUCGCUGCAUGGCCCUGACCUCCCCAGGGCCUCAUGCUCUCCUCCUCGUCAUCCCACUGGGCCGAUACACGCCGGAAGAGCAGAGAGCCACGGAAAAGGUCCUGGAAAUGUUUGGAGAGAGAGCUAGGAAACACAUGAUUCUCUUAUUCACCCGGAAAGAUGACUUGGAAGGCACCGAUUUCCGUGAUUACUUAAAGGAAGCUCCAGAAGUCAUUCGAGAGCUGAUGGACAAGUUCGGAGACCGCUACUGUGUGUUCAACAACAGGGCGACGGGAGCUGAGCAGGAGGACCAGAGGCAGCAGCUGCUGGUCCUGGUUCAGCGUGUGGUCGCAGAGUGCAAAGGCAGGUGCUUCACGAACAACAUGUAUCAGAAGGUCGAGGAGGAGAUUCAGAAACAAAUCCUAGUGAUACAAGAAAAUUACAGAGCAGAGCUAGAGAGACAGAAAGCGCAGAUAAGACAGGAGUACGAAGAGAAAAUCAGAAUGCUGGAGGAUGAACUAGAACAGCAAAAGCAAGGGAUGCAAAUGAGGAGGGAGUUGGCAGAAAGGGAGGCUUUCUGUGCUGCAAGGCAGCAAAAUGCCAGACACGAAGUUGAGAAUCAGAGCGGGAUACUUGAAUUCAUCUUAGCCCUGUUGAAGAUUGUUUCUUUGGUUUUCUCUCUGUUCAAGGAUUAAACAUUAAGAUCCAACUUCAUGAAAAUGUGUCUAUACUUCCUGCAUAUUUUCAGCUGGCCCUGCCCCAUGUAAGUCAGAGCAUUCUCGUUUUUCUGUCUCUCAGACUCUCAGGACUAAGGAGAGUAAAGCUCACUGCUGGGAAUUGGUAUAUGUCGAUUGAUUUAACAGGGGAGGGACAAACUCUCAAUCUGUGAAACUCCAAAGCACAACGUAUUGAUGCUCCCUAAUUGUGAAUUCUUUCUCAGAGACACAGAGAGAAGGAAUGCAGGAGACCAAAGAAAAUGACCCCAAGCUUUCUCUGUUUAUCCCUAGUAAAUGUUUCUCCUCUAGAUUCUUUCUAGAUUGGUAGGUAAUCUCCCCCUGUGGUUUCGUCUCACUUAUUUUACCCUCAGAAUCACAGUGAUCAUCUUAACCUUAUAGUUUAUGAGAAAGAUCAAUUCUUUGCAUUAGUUAAGCUUAUAGAUGGAGAUGUUUAUAGAAUUCUUUGUAGAUGAAUGGAAAUUUGUUUACUUACAAUUUUACAGAAGGACUCAAUUGUUCCUUAUCAUCUGCCCAUUGACGAACAGAGUUGUCUGGAAGAUAGAUCUUUCAGAACUCAACUAUGUGAAAUGCGAGAAAGAGUGAAAGAUAGAGAUUCAACAGAUAAGAGAACAAUGUUUGGUAUAUUCAGAUGUAUCUGUAGAAACUCUUUGACCAACACCAACCAAUUUGCUGAAUAACCAGUUCUCUCCUUUUCUUGGGAAACUAACUGCUAUCCCACCCAGUUGAAUUGUUUGCUUAUUGUUAUUAUAAUAAAACUUUUCUGUUCUCUCA